AUGCUCGCAUCGCCCGCUCAGCUCAAGGCGCUAUCGCCCAUUCAUAUCCUCCGAGGCGCACAACUUGCUUGGCUUGGCCUCCUGCGUGCCCUCGAGAAUAAAGAGCUCUAUACAAGUGAGCACUACAAGCAGCUUCUCUUAGCAGUGGCCAUUGGUGUCGCUUUACGAAUCAUCACAUGGCUGCCUGUCUUUCUGUUUCGUGGCUCAGUGACAAUUUUGAGCGCUGUGGUGGAUGUGCGACGUGCGCAUUGGGAGCAGGAUGUUCUUGCAGUCCUGCAUUUCAUUCAACAUUGGGUCAUUUCGGUACCGACGCUUGUUGUCAAUUACAUGCGUAGUGUCGAGCCCAAGCCCUUUGACGAUUUGUUUAUGUCGAGCAUGUCAUGGGUCGAUAGUGAGUAUGAGCGCCGGCAUCAAGGUGAGGAUAAAGCUUCCCUGCGGCCAGCAUACACAACAAAUUUGAAGCGAUACAAGCCAGAGUACCGCUCAACCUUUGUCAACAGAACCCUCAAGAGAACAGGUCUUGGACUCAUCAUCUAUCUGCUCUCCUUCACACCUAAAGUUGGCUCACUUGUGCUUCCUGCAGUCUCGUUCUACACACUGCACCAAGCAGUAGGUCUCGUACCCGCUGGCGUCUUUUUCGCUCUUGCAACACUCAUUCUGCCACGCCACUACUUUGUCGUCCUCUUGCAAACUUACUUUUCAACACGUUCACUAACCCGACAACUCCUGCAGCCCUAUUUCGCGCGUGUUGGUAAGGGCUUCACAACGUAUCAAAAGGCGAAAUGGUUCAGGGAGCGUGAGGGCGUUGUCUUUGGUUUUGCACUACCGUUUGUGCUCGCUUUGCGGAUCCCAUAUGUUGGUAUCAUGACGUACGGUUUAGCGAGUACAUGUGCGGCAUUCCUGGUAAGUAAGGUGACAACGCCGCCACCAGAGAGUGGCGAUCUGACGGAUCUUCAAGCCUACGCAGCGUCAGAGGUCGUUUGGACGCAAGGGAGGCGGAAUCUAGUCAAGGCUGGUCUGGAGAAGCUCGAUGCUGUUGUGGCGGAUGAUUCAAAUGCCGGAUCCAGCAGUCAUGUGAGUAUAGGACAACAAGACAUCUCUGCAAAGCGAAAGACUGCAGCAUCAAGUCGACAAUCGUCACGCGGUGGGUCAGAUGAUGAGUGGGUAAAAUUGGCGACCCCUAAUUCGUCAUAA